AUGGACAUCGGAGUUAUGGAGAUAGUGCCGGAGUUAGUGGCCGAUUCCAAACUGGACACAAUCUUCAAGAAAGGUUUCACGAUCCAUCAUGUUCGGACGCCGGACACGACUCCUCUUCUCGGGAAGAAUAACAAGAAGGAGAAGUGGGAGCAGACCGAACAACUCGGCCAGGGAUCGUUCGGUACCGUUUGGCUGCAGAAGCUGGUAGGGGCCGGCGGCGACAGUGACUCAAAGAGACGAGCCGUCAAGAUCAUCAAGAAGGGGCCUAAAGUCGACUACAAGCCUGAACUGCAUGCGAUAGCGAAGUUCUCUCAGGAGAAGUUCAGUUCAUCGUUCGUCAAGUCGCUUGGAUGGUACGAUGAUGACGAAAAUGUAUACAUCCCGAUGGAAUAUUUUCCUCAUGGCGAUCUAGGCCGCUAUCUUGACAAGUUCGGCCCGCUACCAGAGCACGAAGCCCAAUGCAUCGCCCAUCAAAUACUCGUCGGACUCAAAAGUAUGCACGACAAUGAGUUCGCUCAUCGUGAUCUGAAGCCACAAAAUGUGCUAAUCAAAGAGUGCGGCCCUAACUGGUGGGUCAAGCUCGGCGAUUUUGGAGUCAGCAAACGUAUGCAAGACGCCGCGUCGCUUAAAACAUAUACUGGCACGGAAGGCUACAUGGCACCCGAAAUUCUGAUAAGAAAAGGUUGGGUCAGCUGUGAGGAUCUCCUUGGACGCAAAUCAUACACCAAUGCCGUGGAUAUAUGGGCUUUGGGCGCACUAGUUUUCCAGACUCUCACUGGCAGCGAGCCUUUUGAAAAGGAUUUGGGAUCGUACGUUGAGGGCAAAACGCCUUUUCCUUAUCACAUGUUGCAAGCGCAAAGUAUUUCACGGAAAGGAUGCGAUUUACUUGAGAGACUGUUGCAAGUCAUUCCUGAGAAUCGUCCCAAAGCAGACGAAGCUCUUGAAGAUCCCUGGCUCAAAGCACAAAAGGCUAGAGAGUCGAUCGAAUCAUUGAGGCCGGCCUCUAUACUGUCUGAGAAAGACCAGAACAGGACCAGUUAUCUCUUCAACGGAGCACAGCAGACAUUAUCUAAUGCCGCGACUACGGCAUCUCUGGCCUGGGGUGAUGCGGAGCGUUCUACUAUAAUGAUAAAAGCCUUCGACUCUGUCAAAACCUCGGCCAAAGAAAGGCUUUCCACAUUCUCACGGCGCAAUGUCGAGGCUACAGAUCUAGACUCACACCGAAAUGCUCUUGGUCUUACGACACUAGUAGAACGACCGUCACCACUUGCCAACGACUCAUCUACUUUCGACCUACCGACUGACCGCACGGUACAGAAGGCGUCUUCACAGUCGCAGGAAUCACUCGGUGGGUCGACAUUGAACCAGAUCAAUAGCUCAACACUCGCAGCAACAGUGGAAAGUGUGAAGAGUCACAGAAGUUCGGAAGAAGAGCGCCGAUCCGGCAGCACUACACCACCAUAUGCGACGAGAUCAGCAACACUACGCUCUGAUCUAGGCAGUACAGACUCUCUACAAGAGACUGAAGAGUAUUUUGACAGGCCGAUAACAGCCGAUGACUUUACCCUUUCACCUGGUACAACCCUAUCAGAGGCAUCACCGUCACAGUCAAUAUCGGACACGUCCCCAAGGGCGCCUAGCGGCCAUUGGACGAGGGCGAUGCCAUUCUCUCAGAUGUCCCUAGACAGUGCCAGUGCCAGCCCCAUGAGUCCGGCGUGGUCAAAAGAUUCUUCCAUCGUUCGUGAGAAAGGCUGCACGCUCAGGCCUCUCGAACUACCAAGCGACCUUAUGCAUACGCUGGAGCCCGAUGCAUAUGUCGUUAUUGUACCAGGCUUGGGUGAUCCUCCCGCCGACAUCUGGAGUAGAGACGGCUUCCACGAUGAGCCACUUGUGCGCGACCUCACCAAGCACUACAUGAACAUCCAAGUCCUUGAACUCGGUCACGGCUUACCAGUCAAUGGAAAAGACUUCAAUCGCUGGAACCAAGUAAGGGACAGUUCACACACGAUGAUGCAGCAGCUCCAUGAAUAUCGCGAGCAGACUAACACAAUGUCCCUACCCAUGGUUUUUCUAGGCCACGGUAUUGGAGGUAUCUUCAUAAAAGAUUUCUUCUGGAAGUCUAGUAGCCUUGAGCUCCGAAGCUUCCCGGCCCAGUGGCAUAAGGAUCUCGUCAACAACACAGUCGGAAUCGUCUUUCUUGGAACACCCCAUCCUACAGACGAAAACAAGGCAGAUCAUGAGAAUAUGCUGGGUAUCAUUACAAGACCGCCUACAUCCAGAAGGUCAAAAACCAUCGACAGGAAGCUCAUGGACCUGGAACUCCAAACCAGAUAUGUUUGCUCACUCUGCAACGAAUUCGAGAAGUACAUCCGCGAGUCCCUUCCGAACUUGCCCAUCUUGUCAAUCUGGGAUGGUCGAGAGAGCAAGGCAAUGCGCGUGGAAGAGACGAAGUUGCUUGGGCGUAGAUGGAGACCAGAGAAAUACGUGAUUGUUACCUACGAAUUAGCCAAAAUUGGCUUGCCAAACGAAAAGAUGAUGGUGGCUGAUUGCGAUCACUAUGAGUUGUGCACACAUUACAAUCCUGAGUUUCGACAAAAGAUCAUCGGCUUCUGUCAUGAGAAGCUCCUGGAAGCACAUGGCAGAAUGCUAGGGAGGCCCGAAAGCUCAUCCAUCGCUUCAAGCACCGUCUUGGGCGAAGGCUCGAAUGUGCCUUCGCCAUGGUAG